UAUUGGAAUCUAGGACAGAUAAGGAGUGUUGACGCUCCUUUUUUUAGAUUUUUUUCAGCGAAUGGACUCGCUCUUUUAUUUAUUUAUUUUAGGUACCCCAUUUAUUCGCAAUUCCUAUUGUUAGCUUGUGAAUAAAUGUGGGGUGACCGGCAAAAUCGUAUUUGCGGAUCCCGCAUGCGGGAGUAACUUUUAAAAACCCACGCGGAUUUCCCUCAAAAUCCGCGUGGGUUUUGCGGGAUACCUCUUUUAACUAAUAAAUACUAUGACUCGAAUUGCACGGAGAAUGAAAAACAGAACAAAACCAAUUGAAUUUUUAGGCGGACAGGGACUGGAUGUAUUAAGCCAUGCCCUUAUCAGCGAAGCUAUUGGUUAUGAAUGCACUAGUAUGGGAUUUGCUAUAUUAGGAAACGAUCUCGCUACGAUUCCAAUAAUUAAUGCUGGAAGUGAUGAGAUUAAAAAGAAAUUUUUGAGGAGGCUGAUUGAAGAGCCCGUUUUAGCGGUUUUUUAA